UUGGUGGCCACGUCCCCUUGGAGACUGGAGAGACAACACGUGAUGAGCUUUACUUAUCAGGUUUAGAGGGAGAGAGACACCGAGACACACACACACACACUGAGAGAGAGAGAGAGAGAGAGAGAGAGAGAGAGAGAGAGAGAGAGAGAGAGAGAGUGAGUUGGGAGUCCGGGGAGGAAUAAAAAAAGCCCCAACAACAAGAGUAUUUUCCUCUCCACGACUCUUUUUCUCUCCGUUUUAUCUCGCCCGCGGAGGGGGAGAGAGAAAGAGAGAGAGAGAGAAGAGAGAAGACAGAGAGAGGAGGAGAAGCAGGGAGGAGGAGGGGGAGGAGGAGAGGGAGGAGGAGAAGCCGGAGUAAAGUUUGUCCAACUUUGCACAUCCCUUCGGAAACGCCAUUUUGAUUCCUCUCCUCUCCGGAACAAGUUUGCAGCCUCUUUUUUUCCCCCCCUUCACUCUUCAUCCUUUUUUAUCAGCCUCGCCAUCAUCCCCGUUCAUCAUCAUCACCACCACCACCACCACCACCAGCCACCAUCAUCAUCCUCGCCACGAUGUCUCGGCGCAAGCAGCCCAACCCCAACAAAGUCAAACUGAUGGAAAACUCCACAGAGGAGCAGCGAGAAGGGGGAGGAGCCAACACUGAGAUAAACGAGGAAGAGGCGGAGCUUACAGAGGAGAAAACGCACAACAGCCUCAAAGGAGCCAGCAGCCGAGUGAUGGAGGGAGCGAGCGGAGGAGGAGAGAAGCUCCACAAUGGAGACCGAGGAGGAGGAGGAGGCGGCGGCAUGGGAGCCGAGGGAGGAGGAGACCUGUCCUCCAUCAACGCCAUGAUGUCAGCGGUGAUGUCAGCAGCCGGGACCAUUAAUGGAGGAGGAGGAGGAGGAGGAGGGGGAGGAGUCACGCCAAGCCACGCCUCCUCCUCUGGAGCCUCGCCAAGCCCCUCCCCCAACAAGACGAUCACCACGCCCACCAGAGCGCCGACCAGCCGCAACGCACGCCGCUACCAGGAAACCAAAGAUGAGAACUCAGCGUACAUCUGUCCGCUGUGUGACAAGAACUGCAUGACCCAGCACCAGCUGACCAUGCACAUCCGACAGCACAACGCCGACACCGGGGCGACGGAUCACUCCUGCAGCAUCUGCGGGAAGUCGCUAAGCUCCGCCUCCUCGCUGGACAGACACAUGCUGGUCCACAGCGGAGAGAGACCCUACAAGUGCUCCAUCUGCGGACAGACCUUCACCACCAACGGCAACAUGCACAGACACAUGAAGAUCCAUGAGAAGGACCCGGCCAGCGGGCUGCUCCCCGUCAGCCCCCCCUCCCCCACCAAGCGCCGCCGUCCGUCCGUCAAGAGGAGGCAGGGCCAGGAGGACGAGAACGGGGAGGAGCCGCCCAACAAGAAGGCGGUGGAGGAGGCGGCUCUGGACGAGGGGGCGGCGGUCCGGGCGGCGGAGGACGAGCUGCUGCCGUGUCCGAUCUGCUUCAAGACCUGCAGCUCCAGACUGGACCUGGACGCCCACAUGGACUCACACCCCGACACCGCGCUGAGGUGUGACCUCUGCUGCGUGUCCUUCCGCACACACCGCGGCCUCCUGCGUCACAACGCGGCGGUCCACAAGCUCCUCCCCCAGGACCCGAGCGGCCGGCCCUUCAUCCAGAACAACCCCUCCAUCCCCACGGGCUUCAACGACCUGGCCUUCAUCGACUUCUCCUGCAAGAAGUUCUCUCACAUCGCUCAGGUGUGGUGUGAGACAAAUCUGCGUCGCUGCAUCAGCAAGUUUCACCGGUUCGUGUGCGAGUGCUGCGACAAGGCGUUCCCGCUGCGCUCCGCCCUCGACCUCCACAAGAGCUCCGCCCAUCCCGACAGCCCCGCCCCCGCCGCCGCGACGGAAGGAGGCGAUGCCGAGAAAACCGAGGAGAAAGCAGAGGCUGCACCCGGAGAAAACGGCGUCGUCGGGGAUGACAGUCAAGCUGACGAACAGGAAGUCCCGCCCUCAGAGCAGGAAAGCUUCCUGGAGCUGCUGGGCCUGCAGCACGUGUCAAAGGUGAAGCGGGGUCUGACAGACGAUGAGCUGCAUCAGGCGCAGCUGGACAGCAUCAAGGUGAUCCAUGUUGAGCCGCCGUCCUUCAGCUUCCCCCAGGAGCCGGCGUCCGCCUGCCUGGGCGGCGGCCUGGGCCUGAGCCUCGGGCUCGGCGUGGGCGGGCUGGCAGCGCUCGGUCUGGGUCUGCUGGAGGCCCCCGCCUCGGCGUCGGGCGCGGCCUCCGCCCUGCAGGGCCUGACGCAGAGAGACGCGCUCAGCCUGCUCUCCCUGCAGCCCUUCCAGGCCGGCUUCCUGCUGCAGCCCGAUGGCGGCGCCACAGCAGCCAGCGCCGCCUCGUCCGGCAUCAAACCUGGUGAAACAGGAGGAGGCGGGAUUAUGGAGCUGGCAGACAUCCAGCAAAUCCUCAAAGUGGCAGCAGCGGCGCCCAAUCAGAUGGGACUGACCCUGCCGCCGCUGGCCAAAGCUCCAGGAUUCAUUGGAGGUCAAGGUCAAGUUCAGGCUCAGAAAGCAAUGCCUCCACUGAAGCCCAAACCUCCCAUCACCCCUCGCUCCAGCCUCACGGCAUCAACCCCUUCCCCCCUGCAGAGUUCCCAGCAGGCCUCACUGGGCUGCAUCAGCCCCAGCCUGCCACCUCCCACCCCGACCCUCUUCAAAACGCCCUCCUCAUCCUCAUCCUCAUCCUCAUCUUCAUCUUCCUCAUCAAAUGGGAAUGGAGGGCAGAUGGAGGCAGAGUGUAUGGGCGAUGCCCAUGUGCCCUCAUCUGACUCACCGCCUGCAGCCACCACAGCCAUGCACGAGGAGGCGGGGCUUGCUGGGAGGAAACCAGGAAGCAAAGGAGGAAGUGGGGCAAACAACGCCAGCGGGGCUAAAGGCUCGUUCCCGUGCCGUUUUUGCGACCAGGUGUUCCUUUCCUCAGGUGUCCUGCAGGCUCACAUGCGCUUCCACCUUGGCAUCCUGCCGCACCAAUGCAACAUCUGCGACUAUGUGGCUCCGGACAAGGCGACGCUGAUUCGCCACCUGCGCACCCACAGCGGUGAACGGCCAUAUGUCUGCCGUGUCUGCCAUUACCCCUUUACUGUCAAGGCCAACUGUGAGCGCCACCUCAGGAAGAAGCAUGCCAAGACCUCACGAAAGGACAUCGAAAAGAACAUCAAAUAUGUCACCUCCACCACCACAACUAACUUGCCUACAGUGAUCCCGGCCACGACGACCACAACCCAGGACAUAGAGACGGGCUGCACGGGAGCCGAGACGACAUGCCGCUUCUGUGGCGAAGACCUGAAGUCCUACCGGGCGCUGCAGAUCCACCUGCGCACUCACAACGGCUGCCAGAGGAAGCCGUUCGAGUGUCGGCGCUGUGGCGCUGCCUUCCUGGCCAAACGCAACUGCAUCCAUCACCUGCUGAAGCAGCACCCCGAGGUGCAGGAGAGGGAGAUCGAGGACCACAUCACCACGCUCCUGCCUGCCACCGUGCCCGUUACCACCGUGGCUUCGACCUGCUCAAGCCCCCUGGGCCAGGGGGCGCUGAACGGGCUCGGCCAGCCUCCCAUCCCAGUGCUGCAGGCGGUGAAGGUGGAGGAGCUGGUGUACCAGGGGCCAGCUGACCUGGACCAGCCGCUUGACUUCUCUGCCAAGGGCCGCUCGGCGGGCAGCCAGGCUGGGUCUCCUGCAGUCAAACUAGAGAGCCUCUCCCCUGGUUUCGACUGCACGGUGCUGGACCAGCCUAUUGACCUGUCUAUCCCCAGCAAGAGGCAGAGGAGGGAGGCAGGCCCAGAGAGGAGGGAGGUGAAGACGGAACAGAGUGGCGGCAGCGGCAUGGAGCAGCAGCAGCAGGCUGUGGCUCUGUCCAAGACUCUGCAGGCCGAGGACAGGACAGGCAGUGCCUUGCCUCCUCUGCACCCUCAUCCUCAGCCCGGGUGCUACCAACUUCCUCCUGGGUCCAGCCCCCCGCCCAGCUCGCUCUCCAACCUCAGCAACCCCGGCCGACCCCUGCGCCUCAAACCCCUGCUGCCCAAACCGGCCUCCACCUCCUCACCGCCCUCCGCUUCCCUCAAGGAGCUGCCUCCCCUGGCGUCCAUCGCCCAAAUCAUCCACUCUGUGUCAGGAGCUCCGGACCUGUUGAAGAGGGAGGCUGCCACAUUGGACGGCAAACCCUCCCAAUCUGAUUCGGCUGCAGACGCCCCGGGGUCCGCUGGUCUGGAGGCGCAGAGCGACGACACAUCAGACGGGGCUUCGAGGAAGCGGUCCAGGAAGAAGCCGUCCGCCCUGCUGGCCAAGGAGAAGGCCGGUGGCGUCGACCUGGAGUCCAGCGGCGAGUUCGCCAGCGUGGAGAAGAUGCUGGCGACGACUGAUGCCAACAAGUUCAGCACCUACCUGCAGACUGGAGCCACAGACCUGGGACACAAGAGAGAUGGCGACAGAGCAGGUGAAGCAGCAGAGGAGAAGGAGGGAGGAGGCGGAGAGGAGGCCAAGCUGCAGCCUCAGUCCAAAGGCAAGAAGAACGCCUAUUCCAACUCCGUGCAGAAGCUGACCUGCCAGUUCUGCCCCCGAGUCUUCCCCUGGGCCAGCUCGCUGCAGAGGCACAUGCUCACACACACCGGCCAGAAGCCGUUCCCUUGUCCCAAGUGCGACGCCUUUUUCUCCACCAAAUCCAACUGUGAGCGCCACCUGCUGAGGAAACACGGCGUCACUAACCGGACGCUGCGACGCAACGGCGCCCUGCCCAAGAAAGACGGCGACGAAGGCUCGCAUGAGAGCGCAGAGAGCCAAUCAGAGACGGAGCAGGUCGUAGCAGAAUCCGUCGAGGUCACUGGCCCCGCCUCCACCUCCGACCCUGGCACUGACUCCGCCCCCACUCCGGACCAGAGAUCCGCCUCUUCAGAACAGCCGAGGGCGGGGCCAAUCAGCCAGGAGGCCCAGUCUAGCCCCGCCCACAAGCCCAGCCAAGGUUGCAGCGCAGCACUCAGCCCUGCAGAGCAGCCCGGGACAGAAGCCAUGAAGCAGUCGGCCCAGCAGGGGGCGACAGAGAGCCGAGCAGCACCGGCAAAACAGCCGCCGCAGAGCAAGAACACUAACAGCAGCAAAGCCAAGGCGGCGAGCACGGACGACGACGACGACGACGAUGACGACGACGACGACGACGACGACUGCCACAGCGACAAGAGUCUGGAUCUCAACUUCGCCAACAAGCUCGUCGACUUCAAGCUCUCAUCCUCGUCGGCCUCAGUCCAGCCACAGCAGCCGACCAACGGCCCCAGCUCCCAGCCCACCUCCUCCUCCUCCUCCUCCUCCUCCUCGUCUUCUUCCUCUGCUCCACAAGCAGUGGCCGAGAGCGCGGAGGAGCAGAAGGAGAAGGAGAAGAGCGUCGCCUCCGCCUCGUCGUCCUCCUCCAGCCCGGCGGUGAAGCCGCAGGCCGAGUACAAGCACGUCUGCCGGGUGUGCAAGAAGAGCUUCCGCUACGCCACCACCCUCGCUCGCCACGAGAGGGCGCACCUCUCCGAGGAGACGCCCACACCGGCGGCGACACCGGCGGAGGAGGCGCCACCGGCAAAAGAGGAAGAGGAGGCGGCGGCGGAAAGCAAGACGGCACCGACGGCGGAGAGGGAGAGAGAGACGGAGGAGCCGCAGCUGAAGGAGGAGGAGGCGGCGGAGACGGAGGAGAGAGGGGCGAAGGGCGAGAGCGAGGCCGGCGAGAGCGGCGAGUCGGAGGAGGAGGAGAAGGAGAAGGAGGAGCGCAGCGACGAGGAGGGAGGAGCGUCGGAACCAAAGAGCGAGAGCGCCGAGGGAGGAGCCCGCGUGGACAAACGCAAGAAGAUCUGCAACGUGUGCGGCAAGCGCUUCUGGUCUCUGCAGGACCUGACCAGGCACAUGCGCUCACACACAGGCGAGCGUCCCUACCAGUGUCAGACGUGCGAGAGGACGUUCACGCUGAAGCACAGCCUGGUCCGCCACCAGAGGAUCCACAUGAAGCCGCGCGGCGCCGAGGGCGGCGAGCCCGGCGAGCCCGGCGCGGGGGCGGGCGACGCCAGCGAGGACGGCGACUCCUGCACGCCCACCUCCACCUGCCCGCCCUCGGAGAACGAGAGCGAGGGGGGCAGCAACGCGGCGGGGGCCAAGGAGCUGGAGGAGGUGGAGGAGCGAGGGGAGGAGCAGGGCGAGACGGGAGAGGCGGCGGCGGCGCCGGAGGAGGAGCCCGUGUCCGAUCCCGCCUCAGCAGAGCCGCCAAGAGAAGCAGACACCCAGGAGGACUCAGGACCGUCUCAGUCCGCCUCCACCACAACUUCCACCUCCGGCGACGCCGUGGCACCACAAGCCGCCGCCGCCGCCGCGCCCUCCAGCCAACAAGCUACUGACACAAAGACGACUACUGGCGACGCCGCGGCCAGCGAACCGCCGCCGCCGCCGCCCGCCGACACGAAGAUCUCCAAAGACCCCUCUUCGUCUUCGUCGGCGGGCGAGGAGGCCCCGGCCGGCGGCUUCAUCCAGGGCCUGCUGGAGAUCCACGCCAAGCCGCCGCUGGAGCACAUCCUGCCCAGUGGGGAGCCUCCUCUGGUGGGGGUGGAGUGACGGGAUCCCUCCCUCCCUCCCCCCUCCUGGUUCUCCACGCCGUCGCCCCCCAGCAUCACCACAGUGCCAUGCGGCGGAAAGACGCUACGACGACGACGACGACGCGACAAACAAACGACAACUUUGAUAGAAAGAGGACGAGCUCGUGUUCUUGAAGUGCCUUACUACUAGUCCUUCUUCUGACAGAUGGUUUUUUGCUAUAUCUUUAUCUACGUUAUUACGGAGGAUGGAUCUAAUUUUUUAUAGCUUUUUAUGAUGAUGACGACGACGAUGAUUUGCAUUACUAUUAUUUUUUUUUUUUGUUGUUGUUGUGCGGGGGAAUCUCUUAUUUCAGCAAUAAAAGAAUAAAUUUACAGUUUAUGAUCAUGCUAGAUGAGAAUCUGUGGAGUGAGGAGACGCAGACGGACGGACGGACGGACGGACGGAGAUCUGAGACUGCCGGGAUCUGCGUUAUGAUUUUCUGUAUUUAAAUCGCAGCCGCACACACACACACACACACACACACACACACACACACACACACACACACACACCGUGGAUCUGAGAGUGAACUCAUCCAGGUGGGAGACUUUUUCGCUUUUCCACCCGCCGCCGCCGGAGCGGAGCGGCGGCCCAGUCUGACCAGCUCUGGACUGGUGGCUGGAUCUCACCUCCCACUGUGGAGCUAAGGAAGCUUUUCAUAACUGGAAAAAUAAACACACACACACACACACACACACACACACACACGAGGCGGCGGGCGGCAGACGGACACAAAGACUCGGACGGCCUCUUCAUCCUCUCAUCGCCGGCUCUGUCGUGGAGAGAAAACACACAGAAGACCUGUGACUGUCACAUCAGAUCUGUGUGUGUGUGUGUGUGUGUGUGUGUGUGUGUGUGUGUGUGGACACAGACUCUGUGAGGGGUGGGAAUAGUGUUGAUCUGUUUGUUUUGUUUUUUUUAAACCAAUCACGCGCCGCGUCCCUGUGACUUGGUUUGUGUUAAUAAUCUCAUUCAUAAUCAUUCUCAGUUGAUUCCAUGUGUGUACAGAGCAUUGACCAUGUGGCACGUGUGUGUGUGUGUGUGUGUGUGUGUGUGUGUGUGUGUGUGAUUAUCAGUAAUGUUUAGGUGCUGGGAGGGGGAAAUCGUUUUCGUGGAUUUUUUUUUAUACAUGAACAAAUCACAUUUUGCGUGCGCAAGUGUGUGUGUGUGUGUGUGUGUGUGUGUGUGUGUGUUACUCCCGUCUGCUAACCUGUACCAGCGCUAACACCUGACCCUUCAUGUCCGAUGUCUUCCUCACCGGCCUAACAGCGCUAACUCCCUGUUAGCCUGAACGCCGCUAACCCGUUAGCUUCAUACCCACAGCAGGGCUAACCAGGGCUAACCAGGGCUAACCCGUUAGCUUCAUACCCACAGCAGGGCUAACCAGGGCUAACCAAGGCUAACCAGGGCUAACCCGUUAGCUUCAUACCCACAGCAGGGCUAACCAGGGCUAACCAGGGCUAACCCGUUAGCUUCAUACCCACAGCAGGGCUAACCAGGGCUAACCAAGGCUAACCAGGGCUAACCUGUUAGCUUCAUACCCACAGCAGGGCUAACCAGGGCUAACCAGGGCUAACCCGUUAGCUUCAUACCCACAGCAGGGCUAACCAGGGCUAACCAGGGCUAACCCGUUAGCUUCAUACCCACAGCAGGGCUAACCAGGGCUAACCUGGGCUAACCAGGGCUAACCCGUUAGCUUCAUACCCACAGCAGGGCUAACCAGGGCUAACCUGUUAGCUUCAUACCCACAGCAGGGCUAACCAGGGCUAACCCGUUAGCUUCAUACCCACAGCAGGGCUAACCAGGGCUAACCAGGGCUAACCAGGGCUAACCUGUUAGCUUCAUACCCACAGCAGGGCUAACCAGGGCUAACCAGGGCUAACCUGUUAGCUUCAUAUCAACCACACAAGCACACGAGGUAAAACAGGGCUAACCUCGGCUAAAUCAUUAGCUUGAUAUCAACAGCGGUGUCAGACAUCGCUAGCUCAUUAGCAUAUCAUCCACAUGGCUAACACGGCGUUAGCGCAUUAGCUCAAUAUCAACAACAGGGUCAAACACAGCUAACUCAUUAGCUGGCAUGAUAUCACCCACAAAGUAAAACAUGGCUAACGCGGCGUUAGCGCAUUAGCUUCAUAUCACGAGCUUCAUGUCAAAGGGGGCUAACCUCAGCUAGCUCAUUAGCUCAGUAUCAACAACAGGGUCAAACACAGCUAACUCAUUAGCUCGGUGUGAACCACGGAGUCAGUCGUGGCUAAGCUCAGCUAACUCCUAUCAACAACAGGGUCAAACAAGGCUAACAGGAGGUUAGCGCGUUAGCCUGAUAUCAACAACAGGGAUGGACUCAUUAGCUUAAUGGCUAGCACAUUAGCCUGAUAUCAGCAAACAUGGCUAACAGAGCUAGCCUGGUUUAGCUUAGGCCCGUCUGACCUUUAAACUGUGUUCUGUGAGGUAAAGGUGAGGCGUCGGCCCUGUUUGGCCCUGUUUGGCCCUGUUUGGGCCCGGGACGCCCUGUUUGGCCCUGUUUGGCCCUGAUUUGUGUUUUUAAAUCAACACAUCAACUGGUGAAAGAAAAAAAAAAAAAAAAAAAACAGCUGCUGG